AUGCCGCCGCCGCUGCCGCCGCCAGGAGCCCCGUACUAUCAACCAUGGUCAACCCCCACCGUGUUCUUCCACAUCGCUGUCGACAGCGAGCCCUUGGGCCGCGUCUCCUUCCAGCUGUUUGCAGACAAGGUUCCGAAGACAGCAGAAAACUUUCAUCCUCUGAGCACUGGAGAGAAAGGAUUUGGUUAUAAGGGUCCCUGCUUUCCCAGAAUUAUUCCAGGGAUUAUGUGUCAGGGUGGUGAUGUCACACGCCAUAAUGGCACUGGUAGCAAGUCCCUCGACAGAGAGAAAGUUGAUGACAAGAACUUCAUCCUAAAGUAUACAGGUCCUGGCAUCUUGUCCAUGGCAAAUGCUGUACCCAACACAAACGGUUCCCAAUUCAUCUGCACUGCCAAGAGUAGUUGAAUGGCAAGCAUGUGGUCUUUAGCAAGGUGAAAGAUGGCAUGAAUAUUAUAGAGGCCAUGGAGCGCUUUGGGUCCAGGCCUAGGCUAAUGUAUGUGU